AUGAAAGGAAACUCUUAUGAUAUCAUUCCUAACAAGAGUGAGGUAUGGGCACUUUACAAGGGAUGGAGCAUGCAAUGGAGCUCAGAUACAGAUAACCAUAGAUCCUAUGAGUAUGAGGUUGUGGAAGUCCUGUCUACUAUGUCAGCUGAUGAUGGUGCCACAGUUAUCCCACUGGUUAAGAUUAAGGGUUUUGUCAGUUUACUUGCGAGAGCUAAGGGCAUGUCCUCAUUUUUUAUACCAUCAAGUGAGAUACUUAGGUUUUCUCACAGCAUUUCCUUUUAUAGGACAAAUGGAAAUGAGAAAAUGGGUGUCCCAAGAGGCUUUCUGGAACUUGACACAGCAUGUCUCCCAUCAGACCUGGAUGCAGCAUUUUCUUCUGUCACUCUUGUGUCUUACAUGUUUCUCGGCAACAUGACAGACUGUGUGUUCGCUGAUUUGACCACUGAGAGUGAAGAUAAUAAAAUGGAUUGUGGAGACGAGCUGAUUGUUCGAAAGGAGAAUUCCUUAGAACAAAAUGUUUGCCACUCAAUUUCUGCAGAUGACACCGAUGAUAUUUCUUCUGAACAAAAUACAUCAACGCAGAAAAAUGACCAUGGUGCCAAUGAAUCUGGUGAUUCCUCUCAGCAAAACUGCGUGCCCCCUAAUAGUUAUUCAUAUCCUGAUCCUGAGUUCCAUGAUUUCGAGGAAGACCGCUCGCUCAAGAAUGAUGCUGAUAAAUUCCCCAAUCUCUAUGCCUGGAUAAGAAAAGUCGACCCAGAACCUUUCAAGGUGCAUUUGACCUGGCUUGAGGCUUGCCCUCAGUCAGAGCAAGAGAAUCGGUGGUUGGAGCAGGACCUAUCUAUCAGCUGUGGUACAUUUGAAGUUCGGAACUGGAGAACUGAGUAUGAUACAUCUAGUUAUUUCUCACAUUUAGUAGAUGCCAGACCAACUGGAAUGAAGUGGCAGUUUGAGGUUCUUCCACAAGUUGGCCAGAUCUGGGCCACUUACAUGAACUGGGCAGCGGGCUUGGUUCCACCCAGUGACGGUGCUUGUGAAUACGUGAUAGGCGAGAUCAUCGAGCGCACCGAAGAUGGGACAAAGCUUACUGUCAUCACUCAAGUUGGUGGCUACAGGUGUGUGUUUAAACCUGACAAUACAAAGGGAGUCCUGGAGAUACCUGCUGGAGAGAACUUGAGGUUCUCCCACCGCAUACCGUCGUUCCGCCUGACCGAAGAAAAGGGUGGCACCCUCCGGGGCUUCUACGAGCUUGAUCCAGCUUCUCUCCCUGAUGUCUUCCUUUACAGGGAUACCUAA